AUGGUGCAUUGCAGUUGCGUGUUGUUCAGAAAGUAUGGAAAUUUCAUUGAUAACCUAAGACUCUUCACCAAAGGAGGAAGUGGUGGAAUGGGUUAUCCUCGUUUAGGUGGAGAAGGUGGAAAAGGUGGUGAUGUCUGGGUUGUAGCCAAAAAAAAAAUGACUUUAAAGCAACUUAAAGACAAAUAUCCUCAGAAACGGUUUGUUGCUGGAGGAGGAGCAAACAGUCGGGUUAGUGCACUGAAAGGCUCCAAAGGAAAAGACUGUGAAAUCCCUGUACCUCUGGGUAUUUCAGUAACUGACGAAAAUGGUAAAAUUAUAGGAGAACUCAAUAAAGAGGUAGACAGAGUUUUGGUCGCUGAAGGAGGUCUUGGUGGUAAAUUACUUACAAAUUUCUUACCUUUGAAAGGCCAGAAACGAAUAAUUCAUCUUGAUCUAAAACUUGUAGCUGAUGUAGGCCUAAUAGGAUUCCCAAAUGCUGGAAAAUCCUCUUUGCUAAGUCAGGUUUCUCACGCAAAACCUGCAAUUGCAGAUUAUGCAUUUACAACAUUAAAGCCUGAACUUGGAAAGAUUAUGUAUAGUGAUUUCAAACAGAUAUCAGUAGCUGAUCUUCCAGGCUUAAUAGAAGGAGCACAUAUGAACAAAGGCAUGGGCCACAAAUUCCUCAAGCAUAUAGAAAGAACUAGACAACUACUUUUUGUUGUUGAUAUUUUUGGAUUUCAGCUUACUUCAAAAACUCCAUACAGAACUGCUUUUGAAACCAUAAUACUGCUUACAAAAGAGUUGGAGUUGUACAAAGAGGAACUUCAGACAAAACCUGCAUUGCUGGCAGUUAAUAAAAUGGAUUUGCCACAUGCCCCGGAUAAAUUCCGUGAAUUGAUGAACCAACUCCAGAAUCCUAAAGAUUUUCUGCAUUUAAUUGAAAAAAACAUAAUUCCAGAGAGGACUAUGGCAUUCCAACAUAUCAUCCCCAUCUCA